AUGGAUAAAAUUCGUGGUAUUAAUCAAUCGGUAUCAACUGGUGAUAAUAUAACGGUAACUGAUACCAAUAUAAAUGCUACCGGAAGUACCACAAAACGACGACAAUAUCAACGGAAACGAAAAGAAGGAACAAUUGAAGAUCCAAAAGUGCCAACACCGCCAAUAAUGCAUACAGUAGUUAAAUCAGAAUACGACGAAAAAGAAAUGGAAGAUGGAUGGAUGGGAUUAGACUCAGAUGGAAGGGAGAGGGAUGAGAUUGGAUUCAGAUGGAAGAUAGAUGGAUGGGAUUGGAUUCAGAUGGAAGAUGGAUGGAUGGGAUUAGAUUCAGAUGGAAGGGAGAGGGAUGAUAAUGAAUUCAGAUGGGAGAUGGAUGGGAUUGGAUUCAGAUGGAAGAUGGAUGGAUGGGAUUAG